GCCGUUGAAGAGAGGAAAACCUAGGCUAGUUGGCGAGCUCGCCCCACUCCGUCGGCGGCCGCGCCUUCCCUGUGCUGGAAUCCAGCGGCCGCCGGAGACGGCGAGUUCGACGCCGCGGCUGCGCGCGGAGACGUUAACCCUGCGGCGGCUCCUACCUAGGAGGUGUUCUUACUGGUUGUUAUAGCGAUUCUCUGUUUGGUGCCCAUGAGCAAGAAGAAGAACAAGUCUCAAUUGCCAAUAAAGGCGCCGUUGAAAGAUGCUGAACAAGGGGAUUGAUUCACAAUGUGUUUUCUUCCUGGGAAGAAUAACUUCGGAUUACAUUGGAGGAGACGCUCUUGAUGACCUAUUAUCGAAGCUUAUUAAGAGCGUGGAGGUUGCAAAGGCUUCAAGGGAAGGGUUGCCGGAAAAGAUAUGGAUGAAGCGACAAUUUGCCGUUGGGGUCAAUGAUGUCACAAGGGUUCUUGAGCGAAUGCCUGCUGCUACUGCUGCCACCCAUUCUGGUCACUCUUCUACUGAAGCAAUAACUGACAAAGCUCUGUGUAGAGCUCCUCCGGUGCUUCUUCAGGUUGUCCUUGUAGCUGCUGAUUGCAACCCUAAAUGGUUAACAAAACACAUACCAACCCUGGCAUCUACAAGGCAGGUUCCUGUGUUGUGCCUCAAGGACAACAAAGAAAGCUCACUGAGGUUAGGUCAAGUGGUGAAUGUCAGAACAGCACUGGCCAUUGGAGUAAAGGCCAGAGAUAGCAUAAUCAAUAAGGCUAUUGAUGAAGUCCUGAAGACUGCUAAUCUGGUUGCCAAGGAACCGUAACUGAGCUUCUGGUCCAAUCUCAGUGACAUAAUGGGCGAAUUUAUUUUUAAACAAGGCAGAAGCUCUGCCUCAUUCCACUAAUAAAGAAUAGAUAUUGACCCAAGAAAAUGUUUGCACCAAAAACUGAUAGGUGAAUUUUGGACCUCUGGGUGCUCAGCAUUGCAGUAGCAUCUUGACAGGAAGUCAUGAGGAUGAAUGGGCAUGCAGUUGAGAAUUUCGCGAAGGAAAUCAAGGAUGCUGCUGAACUGUGGCGUUUACAUCUGAAGAACUUUUUCUGCCUGUAUUCAUGAAGAUCAGGCCAGACCAGGCUUGUUUGUUAGGUAGGUUCAUUCUGUUUAGUUGAAUUUGUGGAUCAUAGAGCUAGCAAAGUUGCUCGCCUAGACUGUAGGCUAUAUUAUGAGCAAUUUAGUGCGUAUGUGUCCACUAUGUAUAAUGCCAUUUGCAGCCUUGUGGAUAUCUGCCUUAUGUUGUUUGUGUUCAACCUUAAUUUGGACGAUAUAAAUCAUUAUCAUAACAAACAUCCUUAAUACAUAAA